UCAGCCUUAUUGUGGUAGACCAAGAGAACACAAUAAAACUUUUUAAAAAAAAAGAAGAGAAAAGCACGUAGAAGGCACCAAACAAACAUUACAAUUUACAGUACAGCUGCAAAAAUUAGCUGAGGCGAAGAGAAGACUGAGUAGUGACUGGUUGAAAACACCCAAAAGACUAAGAAGUGCUGACACUUUGCCACUUUGUUUUGAUUGUUGACACCCCAAAAAAAAAAAAUGAGUUCAGAUUCAGAAGCAGGUUUAGGAGGAGGAGGAGGAGAUCUGCGGAAACCAUUUUUGCAUACAGGAAGUUGGUAUAGAAUGGGUUCCAGACAAUCAAGUUUGAUGGGUUCUUCUCAAGUUAUUCGAGAAAGCUCCAUCUCUGUCCUUGCUUGUGUUCUUAUUGUUGCUCUUGGUCCUAUUCAGUUUGGUUUUACUGCUGGUUAUUCAUCUCCAACUCAAUCAGCAAUUACAAAUGAACUUGGUCUUUCUGUUGCAGAGUACUCAUGGUUUGGUUCUCUAUCCAAUGUGGGUGCCAUGGUUGGGGCAAUUGCAAGUGGUCAAAUAUCUGAGUAUAUUGGAAGAAAAGGGUCUUUGAUGAUUGCUGCUAUCCCCAACAUAAUUGGAUGGCUUGCUAUAUCAUUUGCCAAAGAUUCUUCAUUUCUGUAUAUGGGAAGGAUGUUGGAAGGUUUUGGCGUGGGAAUAAUAUCUUACACGGUUCCUGUGUACAUUUCUGAAAUAGCACCACAGAAUUUGAGGGGAGCUUUGGGUUCAGUAAACCAGCUAUCCGUUACAAUCGGUAUAAUGCUAUCGUAUAUGCUGGGGCUUUUUGUCCCGUGGAGGAUACUUGCAGUUUUAGGAAUUUUACCAUGCACUAUAUUGAUACCUGGCUUAUUCUUCAUACCGGAAUCUCCUAGGUGGUUGGCGAAAAUGGGUAUGAUGGAAGAAUUUGAGGUUUCCUUGCAAGUUCUCCGGGGCUUUGACACUGAUAUAUCUCUUGAAGUUAAUGAAAUCAAGAGAUCUGUUGCUUCAAGUAGCAAAAGAACCACCAUAAGAUUUGCAGAACUACGACAAAGAAGAUAUUGGUUACCCUUGAUGAUAGGGAAUGGUUUACUUAUUUUGCAACAACUCAGUGGAAUCAAUGGUGUCCUGUUCUAUUCUAGUACCAUCUUUAAAGAGGCUGGGGUCACAUCAAGCAACGCUGCAACAUUUGGCCUUGGUGCUGUUCAGGUUAUCGCAACUGUUGUGACUACCUGGUUGGUGGAUAAAUCAGGACGCAGACUUCUUCUAAUUGUCUCUUCUUCUGGGAUGACAUUGAGUCUUCUAGUGGUCGCAAUGUCCUUCUUUUUAAAGGAAAUGGUAUCAGACGAAUCUACAUGGUACAGUGUAUUCUCCAUCCUUUCAGUUGUUGGAGUUGUGGCUAUGGUGGUUACUUUCUCACUAGGAAUUGGAGCAAUUCCGUGGAUUAUAAUGUCAGAGAUUCUUCCAAUUAACAUCAAGGGGCUGGCUGGAAGUAUUGCUACACUUGCCAACUGGUUUGUAGCAUGGAUUGUGACAAUGACUGCAAACAUAAUGUUGUCAUGGAAUAGUGGAGGUACUUUCUCUAUUUACAUGGUUGUUUGUGCUUUCACUGUGGCCUUUGUGGUCAUUUGGGUCCCCGAGACAAAGGGGAGAACAUUGGAGGAGAUUCAGUGGUCCUUCAGAAGAUAAAGAAUUUUCUGAUAACUUGUCCAUGGUGUCGUGCAGUGGGCUAGAUUCAGUCCAAGCUAACAUUUACAGCUUGGUGGAUCUAGCAAUGCUGGGUAGAUAAUGUACAUUCGAGGUGUAUCUUUUAUCAUAAGAGGACUCUUGCCUUAUGGAAGAAUUGUGCAUUACAACAGAGCUUCCCCCUCAACCCCUUCAUUUAUUUUUGUUUAUAUUGUCCCAUUUCCUUUACCCGUUGCCAGCCAAAAGCUGUUAAGAUUCAUUAUAUUUUAGGACAACAGUUGCACCAAUGUUCGUAGAACUUGACAUUGAUUGGGUUUUAUAGUUCAAUUUGUUAUUGCCAUGUAAA